AGAAUAUUGUAUAAAAUUUAUGUUUUAAAAAUAAAAUAUCAGCAUGAGAUAGCACGUGCUCGCACGCGCAACACCAGGUAAUUUCGAUCUCCUCGUCUCCCAUCACUCGCUUCCGCCUCCGUUCCUCCCUGUGCUCCUGCUCGAAGAGAUCGAAGAUGUCUACUUUAUCGCCGUCUUCGCCCACGAUCAUCACGCUGAAGCCCAUCGAGGCGACUCCGGAGAGCUUCGCCCCCUUCGGCCAGGUUAUUCCCGCUUCAUCCGAUAGAGAUAGAUUCGGCCCUCAGGACGCGCAGUUGGAGCUCCAUCGCGGCGUUCCCAGGUUAUACAUCAUGAAACUAGAAGAUCGACAUCUUAAAUUUGCUUCCAUCACUCAUCAUGCAAGCGUUACACAGUGUCUUGGCUCUAUUGGUGGUGACGAGUGGUAUCUAGGCAUUGCUAAGCCAUCUAUACUGAAGGAAAGUGAAAUUGGAAAUGAGGAUGGAAGAAAACCUAUUAAGGCUCUCUGUGGACAUUACUACAUUCCCCCUAAUCCUAAUGAAGUUUGUGUUUUCCGAUUUUCUGGUCCUAAAUUUGUGAAACUUAAUGUUGGGACAUGGCACGCAGGGCCCUUGUUCAAGAAGAGGACAAUGGACUUUUACAAUCUUGAGCUAAGUGACACAAAUAUUUUGGAUCACACAACACAUAAUUUUCGGAAGAACGAUAACGUGGUAUUCGAGAUUGAAGAUUGAGGAGUUUUUUUUCAUGGAGUACUACUUUGUAAGUCCCAUUAUCUGUGUGAUAUAUUCUAUCAAUUUUUGUAAUGAAACAAAAUUCAAAUUUUGACUCGAUAGUGUUUCAAUUUUUGUAAUGAAACAUAAAUAUUUACACCCUAGUCUGUAUGUCAUAAUUUUAGUAUUGAUACAAUUUUUGUAGGAAACAAAGUUUUUUUUGACUUUUA